GUCCCCGCCCCCUUUCCAGUCUGUCCCCGCCCCCUAUCCUGUUUGUCUCCGCCCCCUCCUGUGUGACGGGCUCCGCAGCCUAUAGACUCCCGGGGGGGGAGGUGUGAGAGUUUCUGCCCAAACAAUCUGCAGGAGCUGGAAGUCCCAGUGUGGACGGAGACAAGAGGAAGAGACGCGACUGUCUGCAGGUAUAAAGGUGUUUGACCCCCCCCCUCGUCCUGAGUGAUGUCCACCUCCAGCUACUGGGUGUCGGAGAACGGCAGCCCCUCGGAGAGCAGGGACAACGUCUUCUACGAGCGAGUGAGGACCUACAGUCCCAUCACUAAGGCCGUCCACGUGCUGGAUAACUCGCCCACCCUGUCCCCCGCCUCUCCGGGCCCCGCAACGCAGUCAAUAGUAUGGAUGCCGGAGUCACAGACAUCCCAGAUACAGGACGUGCAGUCACCCGGCCCCUACUCACAAGAAACCAUCCGAAGAUACAUUGUGCAGAACCAGGAGCAGGUGCAGGAUGUUGCGGCUCCGUACACGCAGGGAACGAUACGACGUUACAUCGUCCAGAACCCUGAAGCGGAAAUCCAGACACAUCCUCAAGAGACCAUCCGCAGAUACAUAGUACAGAAUCAGGAGCAGGAAAUCCAGGCACAUCCUCAAGAGACCAUCCGCAGAUACAUAGUACAGAAUCAGGAGCAGGAAAUCCAGACACAUCCUCAAGAGACCAUCCGCAGAUACAUAGUACAGAAUCAGGAGCAGGAAAUCCAGACACCUCCUCAAGAGACCGUCCGCAGAUACAUCGUACAGAAUCCGGAGCAGGAAAUCCAGACAUAUCCUCAAGAGACCGUCCGCAGAUACAUCGUACAGAAUCCAGAGCAGAAUUACAUAAAAGGGAAUGUCGGCUACCUCCCAUCCAAUAACGUCAUUUACGAGAAAACAAUCCGCAGAGUGGAGAUGGCGAAUCCUGAGGUGACAGAACGUCAGGUGGUCAGAGGGAUGAGCGUUUCUUCAAUAAAUGACCAAGUGAUUGAGCAGAACACCCAAAGGAAGGUCUCCGUCCAGUCUUCUGAAGACGUGAUAUCUGAGCCGCAUUAUCAGCAGAAGGUGUCUGUGCAGAACACCGAACACGUACAAAGAGAGUCCACACAGAACAUCGAGCACGUGCAGCGAAACGCCGUGCAGAGAAACGCCGUGCAGAGCAUUGAACAGAUACGGCGCAGCAGCAGCAGUUCUGGCCCGGAGCAGCUGGAUGCGCGUUAUUUCGGUGAACUGUUGGCCGAGCUGAGCAGGAAGAACAAUGAUCUGUACACCUGUCUGCUGCAGCACGUGGAGAAGAUUGGCGGAAGGAGACCAUCAGACUCGGAGUAUCAGUCGGAAGAUGUUGAAUCCCUGAUCCCCAAAGGAGUCUCGGAGCUCACAAAGCAGCAGAUCCGCUACCUGCUCCAGAUGCGACAGACUUCUGAUAAGUCGAUGAGACUGGUGUUAUCCACCUUCAGCAACCUGCGGGAGGAUCUGGGCCAUUUACAGACUGAUUUAAAUAAAUUAGAAACUGACAAGAACAGUCUGGAGAGGGACCUGACCUUCAAGGAUUCACAGAUCAAGGAGUAUGAGACCAUUUUGGCUUCUCUACGGGAAAAGAAUCGCCAGCAGCAGCAAGAACUAAAGGAAAUUCAGAUGAAGCUUCGCAGCUCGGAGGAAACCAUGUUGUCCUUCCGUAAUGCAGAAAGUGACAAAGAUUAUCGCUUGAAGGAGCUGGAAUACGCCAAGAACGCUCUACAUCAGGAGAAUAAGAACCUGCGCGUACAGGUCACCGAGACGGUGUCUAGCCCAGUGCUCCAGGCCAAGACGGACGAGAUCACCAGACACUACAAGGAGAUGCUUGAAAGUCUCCGAGCGGAGAAGGACAAGGAGAUCCGCACUUUAAGGACCCAGAUCACCAAAUUCCAGCAUGAUGUGAUGUCUCGGGAAGGAAGCAGCAGCGAUUUACAGAUGCGACUGCUGGAACUGACGUCUUCCCUGGAGGAGAGAGACUCUCUCAUUAAGAGACAGCAAGAGGAACUUUUCAAACUCCGCCAACAGAGAGACUCCUCAAGUGUCACCAAGGAGGUCAUCACAAGACAGUACAGUAACAAUUACCCCAUUCUCCGGUUGCUCAAUGACUAUAAGGACAAAGCUCCAACAACAGGGACACAGACCAUCGUCAUAGAGCGGCGACAAUCGUCCAAACACGAUUGAGGGAAGCAACUGCUGGAGGCCCAGACUGCUGACAGGUCUCAUCGGGGGAGGGGGGGCGGCUUGAGGCGCCAGACGUCCUGAGUCUGAGUGUUAGAUGUUCCGGCCUUGCACACACCAAGACCAUCGCUGGCAGUGAGGACUGUGAGGCCGUAUUGGUGGUGGUGGGACGGUUCCCUGGGAUCGGGGUUAAAGUCUUUAACAAUAAAACAUGUAAAGAAAAUGGUAGCUUUUUUGGACAUAACAUUGUAUGCACUGAGAAAGUUGAGAAUAGUUUACGCUGCCUUUAUGUUCACCGAUAGCUAUUUUAAAUGUUAGAUUUAUGUAACGAAGACUGGAAUAGCUACUGGAUAAAGUUAUGACUUGGGGUGCAAAUUAUAUAAUUAACUUUUAACAAGAUAUCCACUGGAAAAAAAAAAUGUAUCCCCUAUCUGCAGGGAAUAAGUGUCUGAUCGUGCUGGGACCUCCCGGUAAUCUCCCGUAUGGGGCCCCGGCUUUGCCGUAAUGACGUUUCGCACCCAGCACGUAAGCCGGUCGAAACACCCCCCCCUCUAU